GGGCCGGCCUGGGCGGAAGUCGCGCGGGCGCUCGGCGGCGCGGUCGAGGCGUCGGCUUUGGAGGCCCCGGGAGCCGCCAUCAUGGUGCGGAAGCUGAAGUUCCACGAGCAGAAGCUGCUGAAGCAGGUGGACUUCCUGAACUGGGAGGCCACCGACCACAACCUGCACGAGCUGCGCGUGCUGCGGCGGUACCGGCUGCAGCGGCGGGAGGACUACACGCGCUACAACCAGCUGAGCCGGGCGGUGCGCGAGCUGGCGCGGCGUCUGCGCGACCUCCCCGAGCGAGACCCGUUCCGCGUGCGCGCCUCGGCCGCGCUGCUGGACAAGCUGUACGCCCUCGGCCUGGUGCCCACGCGCGGCUCGCUCGCGCUCUGCGACUCGGUCACCGCCUCGGCCUUCUGCCGCCGCCGCCUGCCCACCGUGCUGCUGAAGCUGCGCAUGGCGCAGCACCUCCAGGCCGCCGUGGCCUUCGUGGAGCAGGGCCACGUGCGCGUGGGCCCCGACGUGGUCACCGACCCCGCCUUCCUCGUCACGCGCAGCAUGGAGGACUUCGUCACCUGGGUGGACUCGUCCCGGAUCCGGCGCCACGUGCUGGAGUACAACGAGGAGCGCGACGACUUCGACCUGGAGGCCUAGCGCCGUCCCUCCCCGGGGCGCCGCCCGCCGACGCCUUCCCGUUGCUCGACCCCUUUUGAUUCGAGUACUCGCUCUUGUUCGGGGUUAAGCGGCGCACGGACCCUGGAGAAUUCGAGCUCGAGUUUGCACAGAUGCGGGGCGAGGGCGGGCAUGGGUUAGUGCGCUGUGCGCCCUCGCGCGCGGAGAGGAGCCGUCCCAAUGCCAGUAAAGGGGCCAGCCGCUCGGAGCGUGCA